AUGCCGCUUACCUUCCUCUUGUUGCUUUGGUUGAUUGGUGCUAACUCUGUGAGAGCUCAAGACCCUACAUCAGUAGGCGGCAUAUAUCGGAGGAUAGUGGCUAUCGUGACAGUUGUUGUGAUAUGUGUGAGGAUAUAUUUAGCGGCUAUUCGGGUGCGGGAAAUGCACAAUGUCGUCACCAAGCGGAGACGAGUGAUUCCUUUUUCGGAAGGCCCUCGCACCGCAACCGAAAAACUCGCCAAGUACAACCACAUUUCUUCUUCAUCUAGCUCCGAAUAG